CUAGCAGUCCACUUGCAGCAGUUGGAGGCUGCAGUGCUCCAACUUGGAUUUCAAACCCUGCGGGAGCGUCAACACUUUUCAUGAAUUCCAAUGGGGAUGUAUUCUUUUUUCACUUUUUUUUCUUAAAAUUGGAGUAUUUCCUUAUUGUUUGACUGCAUCUGGCAAAAAAACAUACAAAUUUCCAGUGAUGGCAGAGUUCUGGUAGCUGUUUAAUCAGUGAAAGGGUUUUUCUUUUCCUUGAAGACGCCACAGAUUGAUUUCACCUAACAAAUCUGCAGUGGACUUUGAUACACAGGUUUUAGCACAAAGGUGUCAACCUGCAAGCCCUCAUUGGAGUUAAUAAGAUGCACUUGUGAGCUUUGAUGAUAAAAGAGAAGCCUCCCCUGCAGCUUCAUGGGUUGAAACGCCAAACGACCUCCAUCUCCAUUUUCCUCUUCACUAAAACUUGAUUCAUCUACACCAAUGCUGCCACCAAAAUCCAUGGCGUGUCGUGCGCCAGCCUCGGCUGGACCCGCCGCUUCAUAGACCGGAUAGGCCACCUGCCAUCCACCACCCUCCUAGUCCACAACGGACCCUGCAUAGCCAGGAAGCCAACAGGGACUAUGCAGCUGGGACUGGUGGCAUUGGCGAUGUUCUUCCUCAGCUCCAUGUGUCACGCCGAUGUGGUCAAGCACUCCAAGGCCAGAAGGCAGAGACGGGUUAGUGGCGAGGCGCUGCCAUCUUGCCCCAAAGGUUGCGAGCGUUGCUCCGACUACAACGGCUGCAUCAAGUGCCAGCCCAAACUCUUCAUCUACUUGGAGCGCAAUGACAUCCGUCAAGUGGGCGUGUGCCUGGCCUCCUGCCCCAUGGGAUACUUUGGCAUGAGGAACCCGGAAGGCAACAACAGAUGUACCCAAUGUAAGAUAGACAACUGCGACGCGUGCUUCAACCGCAAUUUUUGCACAAAAUGUAAGGAGGGCUUGUACUCGCAUAGCGGCCGAUGUUACGUCAGCUGCCCAGCUGGCCAGCGCACCGCCAACGACACCAUGGAAUGUGUGGAAUGCGAAAUGGCCGAGUGGAGCCAGUGGGGGUCAUGCACCAAGAAGAACAAAACAUGCGGCUUUAAAAAAGGGACGCAGUCUCGGGUGCGGCACCCUGUCACCCGCUCGUCUGGGACUCCUUCUCAGAGGUGUGCAGCGCAGACUGAGAGGAGGAAAUGCACGGUGGCCAAGACGCCCUGUGUGAGAGACAAGAAGAACCAAGGUCGUGCGAGGGGGAACACACCAGGAGGAGACGUCAAAAAAAGCAGUCGAGGCGAUGGAGCGAGAAGUAGUAAAGGCCAAAGCAGGACCACCGUCAUUCCCAACAUCACAAGCAGCUCCGUCACUUAAACUCCAACGGAGGCGUCACAAACCUAAUCGUAGACAUGUUGAUGAUGGCACAUGCUGACAUCUUGACGAGCUUGACUGCGACACAGAAAAAUUCCACUGGGCAGCAAAGGCCCGCUUGUAGAUGCUGACUCAGCGUGCUUGCAUAGCAGAUGCAGACUGGAAGCCCAGAGCUCCUGUCGGAUUUGAACAAAACUUUCUACUUGUUCGUGUCAUCAGAGGCGAUGGAUGGAUCGUCUCCUCUUCAAGGUGAUGCAAGGACAUGAAUAAGGGCAUGAAAAGCUUAAGUGGGAGCACAUGGAAAGACACUGGAACACAUUAGUGGUUGCUCUACACAAGGUUUUCUGUGUGCUAUUUUGUAAGAAGUACACUCACAUUCAAUCCACUCACAACUACAAUGUACUUUUUUUUUUAAUGAUGCUACACAAAACCAGAUACAGGGGCUGAAUGAGCCGCGAAUACUCCAAGUAUAAUCCAUGGCUACUCAGUUAUAUGUUUGCAACACAGGGUUUUGAUGUUUUUGCACAGUCAUGAACAUUUAGAGUUAGAGUUAGAGGUAUUUGUAUGCAUCGUUUUUUUGUUGCAUUAUUCAUUUAUGCUCAGGCUUGUGACCGCACAUAAACAAAUAUUAGUAAAUCUAUGUAUAUAUUAUUUCUUUUCCAGUGAGAACCCAA